UUACAGUUUUGUGUGAUUAUAAACACAUCAAAUCAUAUCACCCUUAUAGAUCUAACAUACAUAUACAAUUCAUGCACGCGCGCCUCAGUCUUAGUAGAAGCAGAAGCACUAAGGGAAGCCAUGAAGCAGAGCAGUAGCCAUCACCCAACAAAGCUUAAAACCACCCCAAGACCACUCUUUUCUUGCGCUUUCUUCCGCCAUUGCACUCAAACUGUGCUCAGCCCCACUACCACCACUCCCCCACCUCUCCCUUCUUCUUCAUCUUCCGAUCCCUUGCCACCGCCUCACCCACCCUUACACCAUUCUAAUACAUCCCCGGCUGACUCAUCCUCCUCUUCUUCUAAUACUUCCCAGAGUUUCACCCAGUGGAGGUUCCCUCUCCCCACCUCGCCCCUUCCGCAUAUUCAAACGGACCCCAAACCCGAAUCGGCCGCCGCUCCUCCGCCUCCGCCGCCGCUGCUGACGGUGAAUUUGGAGGAGCUGUUCCACGUGGCGGAGCUCCAGUUCAGUACGGCUUCGGAUGCGGAUCGUGUCAAGACGAUCCAUUUGUUAGAACGGUCACUCGUUCCGAACCCGGCGGACGGGGCGGAGUGCCCCGCCACGGUGAUGAGAGAGGUGGUGGGGUGCUUGAAGGAUAGAGUGAGUGCCAAACCGGCCAGCAAGGUGCUUCUGGCGCUUUGCUUGGCGGAGAGGAACCGACGCGUGGCGGUUGAGGUGGGGGCGGUGGGGAUGGUGGUGGAGGCGCUGUCGGACUUGGAGGGUCCCGUGGCGGAGAGAGCGCUGGCGGCUUUGGAACUGCUGUGCACGGUGGAGGAAGGGGCGGCUGAGGUGAGAUCACACGCGCUGGCGGUGCUUAUGAUGGUGGAGGUGAUGGGGAGGAUGGAAGGUAGGGGGAAAGAAUAUGCGAUAAGUGUGUUGUCAGUGAUAUACGGUAGUGGGUCCCCCGACCACGGUGCCGCCAUUGCUCCUCCGGAGGAGGUGGCGCGUGCAGUCAUGCUGGCUUUGCAAGGUAAUUGUAGCAGUAGAGGUAGGAGAAAAGGGACCCAGCUGCUCAAGACUUGCAAGAACAUGAUGGCUACCACUCAACACGCGUAGGAGAUCAGAUCGAUGCAGAUGGAGAUGAACGGUCCUGAUCAUCGAUUCUUUUUCCCAUGUUCUUCUGUUUAAACAUGUAUGAGAAAGUGAGAAUAGUAUGGAAUAUAAUCUUAAUUUGUUUA